AUGGAAGCAUCAGUAGCCAUAAUACAACAUCGUUCUCCGUGUUAUUCAAAUGAUCGAAUGCCCUCAUCACCACAUGAUUAUGAUAUAAUAGUUUUAGAUGAACCAUCAAGACCAAGUACGAGUAGUUCUAGUUCAAAAACAGAACAAAAUAAUUAUAUUACAAAAAGAUCAACAGUUGGUAAUCAUGCCAUAGGCCAGACUGUCAUUAGGUUACCUUAUUUUGGCAUAAAUAAUCAUGAUUCAAGCCUUUCUGAAUCAGUUCUUGAUGCUAUUUAUACUAAAUCCAGAUUACAAUUAGCUCGAGCUGUUCCGGUUCCUCUGUUCGAUGACCGGCAACGACGAACGCAGUUUAUGAAACAGCAUGUUGCACCCGGAACUGCUCUCAUGUGUGUUCCUGUAUCAUCAAAAAUUCGAUUAAGCUAUCCUUAUGGACGCUUUGAGAAUCUAGCUCGUCUUGUUAAUCUCUGUAUGAAUACUCCAGAAGUAUUAGAUGUUCGCACACGUCAUAUGAUUCUUCGGUUAGAUGAAUGGCUCUCUCACUCGCAACGCAUAAAUCCACACUUCUUGGCUUCCUUGUUCUUCUGCGAUUCAUCGAAACUCCGAAUUAUCUGUUGCGUUCAUAAUCCAGCCUAUGUACAUGAUAGUUGUAUAAAAUAUAUGAAUAAAAAAGCCGGAAGCACAAAAAGCGUUUCGUCUUCGAUCGAUUUGGAUGAGAAAGUCCGUUUUGGUAAUCUUGCUCGUGUUCAGAUGAUGCAAUAUAAUAAAUACAAUAUUCUGAUCAUGAAUCCUUUGUUUGGCCUUCAAUUACCCCACGUUGAGAUUCCGAAAUAUUUCAUUCUGGGAUCAGAAGAAGUCCAAUCAAAUCCGACGUCUGACUCCGAUUUUGCAUUGCGUUAUCCAUUGCACAACGCCGCAUUAACCGGCGAUCAACAGACUAUCAGAAGCUUAAUAGCAAAGAAUUACGAUGUAAACGAGCGUGAUAGAGAUGGAUGGACGCCUCUGCAUUAUUCAUGCUUUUAUAAUCAAAUAAGUGCCACAGAUGCUUUGCUCACGGCUGCAAGUGCUGAUGUAAACAUGCGUAAUAAAGGUGGAGCAACAGCAUUACAUAUCUCAUCUAUCAAUGGAAAUAAAUAUAUCACUGAGUUGCUUCUAUCACAUCCACGCUUAGAUAUAAACAUAUUGAACAAUGAUGGCUUAAAAGCUAUUGAUCUCUGUGAUACUCUACCUAAGACUGAGUAUAAGGAGUGUGCUCGCUUGAUCAAAGAAGCCAUCAAACCUGAGAAGAUACAGAUUGAUUUAAUGGAUGGUGGCGCUUUGAUGGUCUUAUUAAUUAAUGGAAAAGAUACAAAAGCUAAUGAAAUAUUAAAUCAAAUAUCUCUUGAAUUACAUAUAAGUCGUGAAGCUUUAUCUUUAUUCGGCCUAUGGAUCUAUUCAGACAGUUUAGCUUUACAAUUAAAAAGUGAUGCGAAAAUAUGGCCAAAAAUGAAAGAUUGGUCUAGAAUAGUCACAAAAAUAUGUCGUUAUGAACAGUUAAAGGAAGAAGAAGCUAAACUCAUCUUUCGACGUAAUGCACAUGCUAGUUUAAGAACAGAAAUUGAGGUAAGUAAGCUGAGCUUUUCUUAUAACAUAAUAGGCAAUUGA